CUGCCUGCCAAUUGUAAACAUAAGGGAUAUGUAUUCACUUAGCAUUGACUUUUGGGAGGGGCCAAGGAAAAGCUGUAGUUUUAUUGAAUAGGGCUGUGUGUGAGGCUGCUGGUGUGCCUUUCUUGCUGUGCUCCUGCCCAAGCAGCCAGUUAUUCAUUUCCUUCCUACUAGUUGAAAACUUUUCAGCCACAGAGUGCCUGUGAUAACUGGUUGCUCAAAGAAUCCCUUGGGAGCUGAAGAGGCAGCAUCUUCCAGGCUCAGGGGCAUCAUAACUGUGAUCACCUCUAUUUUCUGGAGUCAUCAUUUUGAAUUCAUCAGCAGCUGGUUUGUUACUGAAAAGCUCAGAAUAUUUCCUCUGAUUGCCUUCCUAUUUGGAUCUUUCCAGAGCUCUGAACACUUGAACACCCACCAUGGAUGACUUUGAACGCCGCAGAGAACUCAGGAGGCAAAAGCGUGAGGAAAUGCGCCUUGAAGCAGAGAGGCUGUCCUACCAGAGAAACGAUGAUGAUGAGGAAGAAGCUGCCAGAGAACGUCGCCGACGGGCUAGACAGGAGAGGCUGCGGCAAAAAGAAGAAGGAGAUCUAUCGGGAGAAGUAACAGAGAAAUCAGAAGUUAAUGCCCAAAACAGUGUGGCAGAAGAGGAAACCAAGCGUACUACAACCACAGGGGGAACAGAUGACGAAGCUGCAUUGUUGGAGAGACUGGCAAGACGGGAGGAGAGACGCCAAAAACGUCUACAGGAAGCCCUGGAACGUCAAAAGGAAUUUGACCCCACGAUCACAGAUGGGAGCUUGUCACUGCCCAGCAGGAGAGAAGUAAACAACGUGGAAGAAAACGAGACCAUGGGGAAAGAGGAAAAGGCUGAAACACGCCGAGGAUGUUAUGAGAUUGAGGAAACGGAAAUGGUUACCAAAUCAUACCAAAGGAACAACUGGCGGCAAGAUGGGGAAGAAGAGGAAAAAAAAGAAGAAAAAGACAAGGAGGAGGUACAGGAGGAGAAACCAAAGGAGGUCCUCUUAGAGGAAAAUCAGGUAGAUUUGACAGCAGAAAAAUCCACAGAUAAAGAAGAGGUAGUAGAAACAAAAAAUCUAGCUAUAAAUGCAGAGGAACACAAAGCAGAGAAUGAUACAAAUGCCGUGCCAGAAGGGGAGCAGAGUAUAACUGAUGUUGUAGAUAAAGAGAAGCUUAGGGAUGAGGAAAAGGCUGAAGAAGAAAGGAAGAAAGCAGAAGAAAGGGAGAAACUUGAGGCAGAAGAAAGGGAGAGGUUAAAAGCAGAGGAAGAAAAGGCAGCUGAGGAAAAACAGAAAGCAGAGGAGGAAAAGAGGGCAGCUGAGGAAAGAGAGAGGGCUGAGGCAGAAGAGAAGAGGGCAGCUGAGGAAAGAGAGAGGGCUGAGGCAGAAGAGAAGAGGGCAGCUGAGGAAAGAGAGAGGGCUGAGGCAGAAGAGAAGAGGGCAGCUGAGGAAAGAGAGAGGGCUGAGGCAGAAGAGAAGAGGGCAGCUGAGGAAAGAGAGAGGGCUGAGGCAGAAGAGGAGAAGGCGGCAGCUGAGGAAAGAGCGAGGGCUAAGGCAGAAGAGGAAAAGAGGGCAGCUGAAGAAAAGGCUAAGCUAGAAGCAGAGAAAUUAAAGGAAAAACAAAAGAUGGAAGAAAAGAAAAUAGAAGAUAAACAGGUAAAAGAGAAGAAAGUACAAGAGGAAAAACCUCAAGCAGCUUUCCUAAGAAAACAGGGGGAAGAAAAAGAGGUUAAAGUGGAAGCUAAAAAGGAAAAGUUACCAGAGGAGAAGCUCCGACCUACCUCCAAAAAAGAUCAGGUAAAAGAUGACAAGGAUAAAGGAAAAGCACCCAAAGAGGAAAUGAAAAGUAUCUGGGAUCGUAAGAAGGGAGUUCCUGAACAAAAGGCACAGAACGGAGAACGUGAAGUCACUGCCCCAAAACUUAAAUCUACUGAGAAUGCUUUUGGCCGCUCCAAUUUGAAAGGGAUCGCAAACGCUGAGGAAGCGAAGCCAGGGUCUCAAGUUGAGGCUGGAAAGCGGCUAGAAGAUCAGCGCCGUCGCCGAGGUGAGAAUGAGGAGUUUGAGAAGCUGAAGGAGAAGCAGCAGGAGGCGGUGGCAGAGCUGGACGAACUGAAGAAAAGGCGGGAGGAGCGCCGGAAAAUCCUGGAAGAAGAGGAGCAGAAGAAGAAGCAGGAGGAGGCUGAGAGAAAAGCCAGAGAGGAGGAGGAAAAGAGGAGGAUGAAGGAAGAAAUUGAAAGGAGAAGGGCUGAAGCUGCUGAGAAACGUCAAAAGAUGCCAGAAGAUGGUGUAUCUGAAGACAAGAAGCCAUUUAAAUGUUUCAGUCCUAAAGGUUCAUCUCUCAAGAUAGAGGAGCGAGCAGAAUUUUUGAACAAAUCCGCUCAGAAGAGUGGUAUGAAACCCACCCACACGACAGCAGUUGUCUCAAAGAUUGACAGUAGACUUGAGCAAUACACUAGUGCAAUUGAGGGCACAAAGGCUGCAAGACCAGCUAAGCCAGCAGCCUCCGACCUUCCUGUUCCAGCUGAGGGUGUCCGUAAUAUCAAGAGCAUGUGGGAGAAAGGGAAUGUUUUUUCAUCACCCUCUGGGACAGGAACACCAAAUAAGGAAACUGCUGGACUGAAGGUUGGUGUCUCCAGUCGUAUCAACGAGUGGUUAACCAAGACCCCAGAGAGCAACAAAUCACCUGCUCCAAAACCUUCUGAUUUAAAACCAGGAGACGUAUCCGGCAAACGUAAUCUCUGGGAGAAGCAGUCAGUUGAAAAGCCAUCUUCUUCUUCUUCUAAGGUAUCAGCUAUGGGGAAAAAAUCAGAGACUAAUGGUUUGAGACAAUUUGAGAAAGAACCAUAGAAGGCCGCUAAAGACGCUGGACCAAUCUGUUGCGGG